UGUGUCCUGAAUAACCCCCAAGCAAGCGCAUGAUAAAUCCUUAAUUUAAUUAUAAUCGCCUUUUCAUAUACUAGUAUAAGUUCAGACCUACUACUUACAUUUCACAUACUUGUACAAUUGUACUAACUCAUUUCUUUCUUUCUCUCUAUUUAUUUUUCUAUCCUUAAGGAGAGUUACGUUAAUAUUUUCGUAUACCCAUCAACAAAGACUUAGCCUCAUCAAGAAAUUACGCGAUUUUAGCAAUGGGUUUGAAUGAUGGUUUACACGCUAAUGAAUCCAAUCCCCCGGCAAACACGUCUUGCAAAAUCUUAUGUGUAACACAAAUUUUACUUAGGAGCUUAGCAGCAAUGUCUGCUAUAGCUUCUAUAUUUGUUAUGGUUAAUAGUGGCCAAUCUACCGAGGUUUUUGGUAUCAUAAUACAAGCAAAGUACAGCUACUCUUCAGCAUUCAAGUUCUUGCUUGGUACAAAUAUCGCCAUAUGUGCAUAUUUAGUGCUUUCAAUAUUCACUAUAUGUGUAUUCUUUGCACUAAAAACCAAUUGGAAGGCCUACUUUUCUUUAUUUCUCCAGGAUUUGAUAGUUACGGUGUUGAUGAUCUCCGGGUGUGCAGCAGCAACAGCAAUUGGAUAUGUAGGGAAAUAUGGGCAAGACCAAACAGGAUGGUCAAAGAUAUGCGAUAAUGCAACAAUUUUUUGCAAUUAUAUUGCCAUUUCUAUUGGCUUGUCAUAUUUCACUUUCAUUUGCCUCUUUGUUCUCACUAUCAUGGCCUUCAAACGAGCACAAUUCAAAUCCUAGAUAAUUUAGGAAUGACGAUAUUGUUGUUCCUCAUUUCAAUUUCUUGAGUGUAUGCUCAAAGAGAUUAUAUUUGUAAAUUCUUGUACAUGUAUCGUGUAAGAAAUUGAUUGUAACUUUCAACUGAUUAUAUAUGUAUUUGUAUGUAUGUGUUUUACUAUAUACUUGGGUGUGUGUACAUUCAAAUCUAUGUCUCAGAAGGAGGUGUAAACAUUUAUUUAUUAAUUAAUUCAACUUGAAUAUUGAUAUACUUUGGUGUCAAACGAGUU